AUGUCUUAUUCUUCUACUAGUGCUAGUUUCAUGUCAGUGACAGUAAUUUUGGUAGCAAUGAUGCUGCACCGAUCUAAUGGCCAAUUAAAUGCAACAUUUUAUGCUAACACAUGCCCUAAUGUGUCUAGCAUCGUCAGUAGCGUUGUUCAGCAGGCUCUUCAAUCUGAUUCUCGGAUUGGGGCCAGCCUCAUUCGCCUCCAUUUUCAUGAUUGCUUUGUCAAUGGAUGUGAUGCUUCACUUCUACUAGACAACAGUUCAAGCAUACUGAGUGAAAAAUUUUCCGGUCCCAACGUUAACUCUGCUCGGGGUUUCAAUGUUGUUGACAACAUCAAGGCUGCUGUAGAGAAUUCUUGUCCUGGUGUUGUCUCCUGCGCUGACGUUCUUGCACUUGCUGCCGAAUCUUCUGUUUCUCUGUCAGGAGGUCCUUCAUGGAAUGUACUAUUGGGAAGAAGGGAUAGUCUAACUGCAAAUCAGGCUGGAGCCAAUACAUCAAUUCCCUCUCCUUUUGAAGGCCUAAGCAAUAUUACUGCAAAGUUCUCUGCAGUAGGUCUAAACACCAAUGACCUUGUUGCAUUAUCAGGAGCUCAUACAUUCGGACGUGCUCAAUGUCGAACAUUUAGCAAUAGGCUGAACAAUUUCAGUGGCACAGGCAACCCUGACCCAACAUUAAAUUCAACAUACUUGACUACUCUGCAACAAAUAUGCCCACAAAAUGGGAGUGGAACUGCUUUGGCCAACCUUGAUCCCACAACUUCAGAUGCGUUUGACAAUAAUUACUUCACCAACCUACAAAACAAUCAAGGUCUUCUCCAAUCAGACCAAGAGUUAUUCUCCACAACCGGUGCUGCUACAAUCUCUAUUGUCAACGCCUUCAGUAGUAACCAAACUGCCUUCUUCCAGAGUUUUGUUCAAUCAAUGAUUAAUAUGGGAAAUAUUAGCCCAUUAACAGGAAGUAGUGGAGAGAUCAGGUCAGAUUGUAAAAAGGUGAAUGGUAGUUAG